AUGGCGAAGUUCGCGGAGCUCUUUGUCAAGCAGGAAGUAGUCGGUGGAAGGCUGAUUAUUGUGAUGAAUGGCUUCGAUGGGCUCAGCACCCACGAAGUUUCUUUUCUCAACUUGCUCGAGGCCCACACUGAAAUGUGUGAUUUGUUUGCUUUUGCAGAUGAUCCCCGCGACGAGUCCCAACCUCGGCGUUUCUUCCAGGCGAACACUGAGCAGGUUUGCCAGAUCAUUCGAGGAGAUAUCAAUCUUAUCGAUGGUCAGGAAGAUGUCGACGAGCUGGAAUCUGGCAGUGGAUCUGGCAUUAGGACUCUCGAAUUAUUUCAAGGCCUGAGGAAGAUAACCAAGAAUCGAAAUGUCAACCCUAAGACGCGAAACUUGGGUAAAUAUCCCUGCAAUGGAAAAUGUGGCGAGAAGGACUGCAAGCAAAAGUUCGCGACAAAUUACGAGCCCAGCUAUCACUUGCACCGCGCCAAAAAGGACAAUCUCGAAUGCCGACUGGGCUGCGGGCAGAAAUUCACAAAGCCAUACAGCCGGGACAGGCACGAGAAGGAUACUUGCAAGAAGCGGCCGGGUUUCGAAGAGAAGAAGCAAAAGCGUGCUCGCAAGCGCCCGGCGGAGGCACCACUCCCUCGAACCUCCGAUGGUGGCCGUCUUGAUUACAGCGGUGCCAUUUCAAAUCCCGCACUGGCUCAGAACAUGCCUAUCAUCAUCACCGAUGAGGCAGUGCUGACUGCGAAUGGGCUGCCCACAGAUGCAGCUUAUCGCGGAGACGUGAUUUAUCGCGGAGAGCGUGUUUGCAGGUGGCCGGACUGCGAAAAACGUCGAAAAGUCUAUUCGGGCUUCUCGCAGCUUCGACCUGGCAUCAGCAUGAAUUCCCAAAGCAUACUGUGGGGAAGGCUCAUCAAUAUGUCAAAAAGCAGCUUGAGGAUGGUCUCCAGUAUUUUUCGUUCUCGGCACAGGGCAUCACUGAUGUGGGGAAUUCGUGGCCCGAAAGCUGUUGACGCGGCUUUCUUUUCUUUUUUCCAGGAUGGAGAUGCGACGGAGUCAGACCAGGGGAAGAGUGGGCUCGGGAACUCACGAGUAUGA